AUGCCAGAGCCAGCUCCUUCUAGAACCAUUGCCUUUCUUGGCGCCUCAGGCGGUGUUGGACUCGCAGCUUUACGUCGCACCUUGGCGGACGGCUAUCGCUGCGUUGCCCUCUGCCGCGACCCGUCCAAGUUAACAGCCAUCUUUCCUGAAAUGGACCUCAAUUUGGAGGCCCAAACGGGCCUCGACGAUACAAUGGCCGCAACACGUCGCCUCACUCUGGUUCGCGGCAAUGCCCAUGACGUGGAUGCUGUGGCACGCUGCCUUCUCGUACCCGGUACAACUGAUGGUGAGCGAAGCAUCGUCGACUGCGUUGUCUCCACCAUCGGAGGCAAAUUCAUCUUGUCGAAACUGACUGUGGACGACCCAAACGUCUGUGCUAAUGGAAUGGCCACGCUCCUGGCCGCCAUCAAGCGCCUCCGCCUGGAGGGAGUGUCUUGCAGCGGCCCCAGCACGCCGCGCAUCGUCGUCGUUAGCACCACGGGCAUCUCUAAGUGUGGCCGCGACGUACCACUCGCCUUACUGCCGUUGUAUCACGGUAUGCUGCGCGUGCCCCACGCUGACAAGUUUGUCAUGGAAGAGACCCUGGUGACUUCAGGCGAGAUGUUUGCCAUAGUGCGGCCCAGUUUGCUUGUCGACUACGAGCCCGAGGCCGAGGCCAAGGCCGCCACCGGUGCAAACGGCGGUAACGACGGCCGGGUAUUUUUGAAGCAACUGGCUGAGACCAAUUUGUCUGUUAUGUCCAAAGAAGAGCUCGAGGUCCUCAGGAUGACCACCAAGGACGAGCACGGAAGACAAAGGCAAACGACCAAGGAAGAAGUUAAGGCCCUUGAGGACAAGUUGAAAAAGGAACACAUGUACAAGAACAUUCGUGUCGGCAUCGAGGACCCCAUUGCAAACAAGCGCAUCUCGUCCACCGUGGGCUAUAGCAUCUCGCGAGCUGAUGCUGGGCGCUGGCUGGCUGAGAACCUGGUCUUUCCGGCUGAGUUGCCGGCCAACUAUGCGCGUCAUAUUGCCACGAUCACGUACUAG